AUGGCUGAUCUUGUUGAUCCAAAGACUGUUGAUCCUCCCCCAACACCCUUCUACCAGCCUCAAGAUGCCCUGGGCGCCGCGACACGUGCCAUUGCUUUAACUGGUACGGCUGGACUGUUCCUCGCCGCCGUUCAAAAUACUGUAACCAAGGAGAAUGUUGGUGCUUUCGGUGUGAUCUCGCGGUUUGGCAGCACCGUGGGCAUUUUUGCUGCUGCUGGCGGAUCUUAUCAGUUUGCUGCCAGUGUCUCUGCCAAUUUACGCCAGAAAAAUGACCAUAUCAACAACGCAAUUGGUGGUGCAAUCGCCGGCGCAGUGCUGGGCGCGGCCAAACUUCGAGCCUCCGCAGUUGUCCUCAACUCGCUAUUAUUGGGAACUGCUGCAGGCGUGGUCGGCUACACACAAUCCUCUGUUUUUGCGUCUGCGGGAGAUGAUCCCAGAAUAGACCGCAUUGCAGAAAAGGCAGAAGCCAAAAGUCGCUUCCGGCGACCUGUCAAUGAGGUUAUAAACGAGUUGGGCGAAGGAAGAGGUAUCUAUGGACCCGGAUACGACGAGAGAAGGAGACAACGUCUGAAGGAGAAGUACGACAUGGACAUCCCCGAACCAUACUACAAGUCUACAACAUCGUAA